AUGUUAACUGGAAAUCUGACAGUUCAAGUCAAUGAACCCAUUGUGAAUGAGUUGGUAGAUGUUAUUGUAAAGACUGAAAAGAGACUUUCGGCUAAUGAAGAAUUAGUUAAAGAAGUGGCAAAGAAGACAAAAGAGCUGGAAAACAAAACAGCUGUGUUAGAGAACUGCUGCUAUAAUCAGAACAAACGGGUGGAUUCUCUGGAAACUGUGGUUGGAUAUCUGGAAGCAGAGACCAUCCAAUUAAGGAACGAGCCUACGCAAACUGAAAGUGGUGAUUGGACACUGACGUUUCAUGGUACAGCUUACGUAGGAAAAUCUGUCAACGCCGCCUUUCAUGACGCCACUGGGAUCCCGAGUGAUGUAGAACCCGGAUGUAAACAGGUCACCGCCCCCCUACCCUGCAACAACCACUACAGGAACUCCGAAGUCUUCGACAACUGGGACAGAGUUAAGGAGGUCGCCUUCAUCGUGUACUCCAACUACACCAGAGUGGGCGACAUUUUGUUUGACGGUCAAGACUCUACCUCCAUCAGCUGGUUCAACAAGUCCAGAGUUCUGUUCACCACUUGGAAACAAAUCAAGACAGACGCCACCAACUACUUCUCCAUUGAAGGGGACGUCAGGCCAGAACUGACCAGGACCUUCUUCAUCAACAGUAACUACAAUGGAUGUCCAGAAGACAAAGGCUGGUUCGUCGCCGUGGACAGAACCAACGGUAAUUGCCCUUGGGAACAGAACGUUCCUGGUUUUCAAAUAUUCCAGGCAGAAUGAACCUCAGAACUGGACCAACGGCGAUGUGACUAUUGCUGACAUGUUUGCCGUCUUCAUCAAGUACUACAGCACAGCUUAAUGUGCUAAAAUUUUAAAUUACGACACUGAAUAAUGUAGUAUCUAUAACUACUAAAACAGUGUCGUUAUGUAAUGUCUACUCGGUGAAAUUAAGAUGGAUACAUCAGGUGUUAUAUGUGUGCCUGAUAGUCUCUGAUAUUUCUAUUUCCACUUUAACAAUAUU